CCUGAAGCAGAAUAUCUCCUGCAGUUACAUAUGUGCAAGUUCCCAAUUUGACUACAAAUCAAGGCAGAGUUUUAAAGGCAUCUUUUGAAGACAAUGAGGAGGUUUUGUGAGUGGUUGUUACUCCUGCUAGCCUUGUGGGGAAGCACUUCAGGUUUGCAUUCAUCUCUACGCUGUAACUCAAUAGAAGGAAAGUUAUCACAAAUCGAUGCUGGCAGUGGACAAGUCUUUGGUGUGAAUUCUCAUAAUGCUACUUUUACCGUUGUUGAAGAUGGGCUGCUCAGCUAUCCCGGCAGUUUGAAGGUUGUCUCACCAGGUCCUAAUGGCAUCUGGGCUGUAAAGUCAAACAACAGAGCUGCCAGAUGGUUGAGGGACAACUGGGUGGAGAUUGGAGGGCAGCUCACACAGAUUGAUGCAGGCGGAAGCAAUAUUGUUGCCGGAGUCAUAAAUGAUGCUGUCCGUUGUCUGCCUAAAUCAAAAAUUAUUCUUGCUGAUGUCAACCAGGAGGUGGAGUGGGACCACAUGGAGGGGAGAAUGAAACACAUAGCCUGCGGGCGAUGGGGUUGCUGGGCUGUUGAUAGAAAAGGCCAAGCCUAUUUCCGACAUGGCAUCACUGAGGAUUCCUGUGUUGGAAGCAGUUGGACAGAAGAAGGCAAAGGAUUUUCUAAGAUAGAGGCUGGGACAGAUGGAUGUGUCUAUGGACUAACCAAUGACCAACGGAUUUAUCGCAGGGUGGGAAUCUCUAAACAACAACCUGCUGGAACAGGCUGGGCUCUGGUAGAAAUGGAACCCCAUCUUCAUGGUAUCAAAGACAUGUCCUAUGACAUGCGCACACUGUGGAUUGUGACACCAGACUUCAGGAUUUUUAAAUGCUUAACUUCAAGGAAAGACAACGAAGAAGAGUAGAACUCACCUUGUAUGAAUAACAUUAUCUUCUGCUCUGGCAAGGCUUCUAGCCAUAGUCAAGAAAUUAAAAGCA